AUGAGUGAUACGUUAACGUUAAAUGUAGAAGGAAAAUGUGGUGAAAAAAAGGAUGAACCAAAAUGUAGUUGCUCACCUCAGCCUCCUGGUAUUACUGCAAGUAAGGUGAUCAAUAUUCGCGGUGUCACUAACUUCUCCAAAUAUACCCACAGUAUUCCAAAUGGGACCUUUAAGCUAAGUGGCUAUUUACAAGAUGGAGACAAAAUAGGAUUAACAGGAGCUCCCAUAGAGAAUGUUAAAGAAGUAUCAGUAUAUUACUGGAAUGGAGCUGAUACAAAUCCUAUCCUCCUUGGCAUCACUAAGGACAAUAGUGGCAAUACUACAACUAGCUAUUAUGGCAGGAAUGAUAAUGGUAUUAAUGAUUGGAUUUCUAUGGAAAAUGGUCUGGAUGAACUAGAGGCACUUGAUGAGCAAAAUUGCAAGCUUAAUGAUGCAGUUCCAUUCGAAAUACAAGACUCUACAUCUGGUUCACUUCCAAAAGACUCUAAAUCUCCACCUUCACCUCCUGGUAGUAACUAUACUGUUAAAGCACAAAAGAUAACUGAUAGUAGUGCUAGAGACAGUAAUGGUACCAAGAUUUCCAGGGUGACUUUAAAUGGCAGACCUAUAAACAUUUCUACUCCCCCUGAUGCAACAUCAGAAAUCAGAUUAUACUCCUCACCAGCUAAUAAAAAUGUACCCAUUAUGUUUGAGCUCAAGCCACCUGGUAAUGGAAAUUCUAAAUGGUUCUAUAGUACAGACAGAGAUGGUAAUAGUUGGCAAGAAGACGCUGGAAAUAAUUUCUAUAGUGAUAAUCAACUCACUGAAGCUCUUGCCAAAAAAUUGGAUGCGUUCACUUGCGAAUACCAUAAAGAAGUUACUAUUGAUUUAUCCUUUUCUGGAAACGGGUCCUACUGUUGUGAUGAGCAUGUAGAUAAGGGUAAGAAGAAUGAGGGAAAGGUCUCCGUAAGUGUAGCACAGGUUUCCUGUCAACAUAGAUCACCAUCCAUUACGGUCAAAAAACACUCUAUCACUACGGACUGGAGUAUUUCCGGUAUAAAGUACAAUGAAGGUGGAAAUGGUCAGGUGAGGAUGAUAACCGCUUCUGAGUUAAGCUUCCCCGUUACUGGUGUGAAAACUGUACAUGCAUUCUACUGUGGAGAAGUUCCAAAAUUGAUAUAUCUUGAGGGUGGGCCUUCAGAAGUCAGGGGUAAGUGGUUUGAAAACAAUGGUAGUAACAGUAGAGAUGGGCACUGGACAGAAGUUAAACUCAGUGGUAUAACACCGGGGGAGUUAAAUAAGACUACGGAAUGUCAAGAAUAUAACCAGCUUGUUGAGGAACUGAGGUGUAACAACUAUAGACAAUGUAAUGAUUCUACCAAACCCUUACCUCUAUUAGGUGGUCCUGGGUCUCAAGGACCUGGUGAAAGUGGUGGAGGUGAAAGGAAUCUAGAAGGUACUCAAGGCGGAAGCUCUGAUGGUGAUAACAAACCUGAAAAUCCUCACCAGCAAAGUUCAUUUUCCCCAGUUGCUAAUAAUCUAGGUGAAGAUCAAUUUGAAGGUGGUGCUGGAGUAUCAGGUUCUGAUACUGAACCUGAAAGACAAGUAUCUGGUGUUAAAAAAGCUGAUAAAAAAGAUGGUGAGGAAGAUAGUAAAAGAGAAUCCGGAUAUUUUGAUGAAGAGGGUGAUAAAGAAAAGGCUAAAGCUACUGGAGGUACCACAUCUACUGAAACUCGUACUGAAGUUGCUUCUAGACAUUCUCCUCUUGAAAGACCUCCUGAAGCUAAACCUCCUCCACCAGGUACUGGUCCUGCCGCUCCUGCCGCUCCUGGUAAAGAUGGUGAUUAUGGAGAUACUGGUAAAGCUGAUAGUGUUGGUAGAGAGGCUGGAGCUAGAGCUGGAAGAGAUCCUAGUAAAAAUGGUGAUAAUAGAUCUCAUGGACCUACAGGUGAUAGAGAUGUACUAGCUCCUGGUGGCCCUAGUCUUGCUCAACCUGUUACUACUACUUCUACUCUUCAACCUACUUCCUCUGCUACCGCUGAAACUUAUACUCCUGAAUCAUCUUCUGUUUCUACUCCUACUGUUACUAAUAAAGAAACUGCUCCUCAUGAUGGUGAACCAGCUGCUCCAACUACUCUUACUCCUGCUACUAUUAAAGCCUUACCCUUAUCACAUACCACGAAUGUAUCAUGCCACUCCGUACCUCUUUUUGGACUUUUACUCCACAUUCAGACGCAUAAAUGA